AUGGUGACGCAGCAGCACAAGGAAGAAAAGUCCAAUGCAGAGAGCCGCGUCUUCUACCUCAAGAUGAAGGGUGACCACUACCGCUACCUAGCCAAGGUGGCCACUGGCGAUGACAAGAAGCGCAGCAUCGAUUCUGCCCGGUCAACCUACCAGGAGGCCAAGGACAUCAGCAAGGAGGAGAUGCCACCCACCAACCCCAUCCGCCUGGGCCUGGCCCUGAACUUUUCAGUCUUCUACUACGAGAUAGCCAAUAGCCCUGAGGAGGCCAUCUCGCUGGCCAAGACCACCUUCGACGAGGCCUUGGCUGACCUGCACACCCUCAGUGAGGACUCCUACAAGGACAGCACCUUGAUCAUGCAGCUCCUGAGAGACAACCUGACGCUGUGGACAGCCGACAGUCCUGGGGAAGAGGGUGGUCCUGGAGCCCCGGAGCUGAAGCAGCCGACAACCGCCCCGGCUUGCCUUGCCCUCCAGUCCCCAACCUGCAGAGAGCACUAA